AGGACGCGGAAGGAUUGGGGGUGGAGCAGAAAAUAGGGGGGUGGGGAGAAAGGAGGUAGCAAAGCUUUAAGGUAAAGAAGAGGAGGUUUUUUUGGGGGAGAGUAAUUUCGUGUAAUCCCCCCCCCCCGCUGGCGAAGUAAACCCUGGCGUAAAACGGAAACCAGGUGCUGCUGCUGACUGCUGUUGUCGCGGCAGAGCAGCUGCUUGGAAAGACAAACAGGAGCCUGGAGGUUUCUCGCUCCCUUCCCCCAGUCUUGCAUCUUCGCUCGCAGCUAACUUUUCUUCUCUCACCCAUUCCCGUCCUCCUCUUCCCCUCCUCCCCUGGUCAGUCGGGAAGGAUGAGGAAGAAUGGCAGUAACACGUGAAAGCGAGAAGGAAAAAACCCGGGAGUGUUGAGGGGUGGGGGGUGAAAGAGGCUGGCUAGGCGGCGUGGCUUCUUCGUAAUAAGGGAGAAGGUGGGUUGUUGCCUCCCCGAGGGGGCUCUCUUGCCUCCACCCCUUUCCCCUCCGUGAAUUGGGGAAUUGCUAGUUCCUGAAGCUGACAGGUGCUCCUCCGAGUCAGCAACCUCUUCUCGCCCUCCUUCCGACUUUUUUCUUGCCUUCCCCCCCUCUUUCACCCCCUUCCUUCCACGAGUGUCGUGCCCUUGGGAAGCUGAUUUGAGAGCCCAUAUUGUGAUGCUUUGAACCUCAGGGCGAGAAGGAAACCCUGGAGACUCUGGGGGAAAAGACCGCAGCGGGCCCAAAAAAAGUUUUGGAUGGGAUUAUGCGGAAACUACCCUGCUCUUCUCUGCUGCCCGAGCAGGCUCAGUGCUGCUUUCUCCCCAGCGGUGCAGCCUUCGCGUGGCGGUGGAGGUGGUGAAAAGGACGCGGGCAGGACUUGAGCUGCAAGUGCUUCAGCGGCUGUGCGUGAGAGCUUCGAUCCGGCCUGCCAAAUGCUCCUCUUCGGGGUUCUCUGGCUGACAUUUGCCCUGGUCAGCCAAAGACAGGGAGCUCGAGCCGAAUCCAACCUGAGCAGCAAGUUGCAGUUCUCCAGCGCCAAGGAGCAAAACGGAGUGCAAGAACCUCAGCAUGAGAAGAUUAUUACAGUAUCUGCUAAUGGAAGUAUUCACAGCCCUAAGUUCCCAUAUACUUAUCCCCGCAACACAGUACUGGUGUGGAGAUUAGUAGCAAAUGAGGAGAAUGUGUUGAUUCAGCUCACUUUUGAUGAAAGGUUUGGGCUUGAGGACCCAGAAGAUGGUAUCUGCAAGUAUGACUUUGUAGAAGUUGAAGAGCCCAGUGAUGGCAGUAUUUUAGGGCGGUGGUGUGGUUCCACUGCUAUUCCAGGAAAACAGAUUUCGAAAGGAAACCAAAUCAGAAUAAGAUUUGUUUCUGAUGAAUACUUUCCUUCUGAACCUGGAUUUUGUAUUCACUAUACUAUUCUCACACCACAUCAGACAGAAUCUGCCAGCCCAACGGUGUUACCACCUUCUGCUUUCCCUUUAGACUUGCUAAACAAUGCUGUGGCUGGAUUUAGUACUGUGGAAGAAGUUAUCAGGUACCUUGAACCAGACAGAUGGCAGUUAGAUUUGGAAGACCUGUAUAAACCAGCCUGGCAGCUUCUUGGAAAAGCAUACAUUCAUGGGAGAAAAUCUAGAGUGGUCGAUCUGAACCUUCUGAAGGAGGAAGUGCGAAUGUAUAGCUGUACUCCACGCAACUUCUCGGUGUCGCUACGGGAAGAGUUGAAGCGAACAGACACCAUCUUUUGGCCACUUUGUCUGCUGGUUAAACGUUGUGGUGGAAAUUGUGCCUGCUGUCAGCAUUCUUGCACCGAGUGCCAGUGUGUCCCCACCAAGGUCACCAAAAAAUACCAUGAGGUCCUGCAACUGAAGCCCAGGAGUGGUGUAAAAGGACUGCAUAAAUCUCUGACAGAUGUACCUUUGGAACAUCAUGAGGAAUGUGACUGUGUGUGUAAAGGAAAUACAGAAGGAUAAAAGGAGCUAGGUGUGCUUGUUUCUUUUACAGAGCAUUCAAACAGUGGCUGAUUCUGUUCUGGGGCUUGUGCAUUAAUUCUCUUCUAUAAUCUCAGCUGUUUUCUUUGAAAAUCAUCAUGACUGACAGCUCUGGGAGAAAAAAGAAAGACAAAAUCGAACCAAGGUCAUAUAUGUAAUGUAAAAGCUCUGUUGCUUGAAGGCCCACUAUAAGGAUGAGCAGAAGGCACCAAUUUGGACGUUUUCCCCUCCAAAUAGAUAUAUAUAUAUAUCAUCUCUCUCAUUCAUCUUGAAUUGUAAAAGAUUAAAGUUUAGAAAUAUAAGAAAAGACAGAAAAAGACUGGACUCUGCCAUGUUGCUUCUACAGGUCUGUUACUUCUGGCUUACCAUUUGGAACAUCUGGAAUUUCUCAAGUCCACUCAGCAGCUCCUUUGUAUUCUAAAUCAAAGUGUUAAUUGUCUUACAGACUAAGCUUAAUUUUUCAUAGAUAUAAGUUGAAAAGAAUGGACACUUUGCCAUGAUCCCCAGUACAAAUACUUAGCAAAACUGAAUUGUCAGAAAGAACAAAGAGAUGGAAACAGAAAGUGGCUUUACUCUUCUCUUUAUGGCCUGCAAGUAUUUUUGUUUAUAUUUUUAUUGUGUACAUUUUAUACUCUUUUUUGCAGCAUAAUUAUUUGCUUUUCUAAUCUUGUGAAAUAUCUAUUUUUUACCAAAGGUAUUUAAUAUUCUUUUUUAUUACAGCCUAGAUAAAAGACUGUUAGUUUUGUAAGACUUUGGAGUGAGAAAUAUAGAGAGGAGGAAAAAAGAUAAAAUCACUGUUUCAGCAAGGAAAGGAGCUAGUUUAAAUGCACAUCAAAAAGGUAAAAAUAUCAUCCUGAAUUUAAAGUUGUGUGCAAAUUUGCCUCUGUGAUGUUGAUGACUAAUGUAAACAUAAAUAGCUAUCAGAAGCUAUCAAAAGCUGCUCUUUUAUAUCAUCACCCCUAUCUAGAAAAGAUAUACCAUGGCAGAAGCUGGCUUCCUCAAAUAUAUCAGUAGUUGGAUCAGGGACCACAGGCACAAUUUGGAUGUGGACUGAAAUAUCUUCCUUUCAGUGGGAUGCACUUUGAAUGUGCAUCCUUAUAAACAUUCUGGCACAGCUAAUCAUGCACAAAUGCCCUUAUGUCAUGCUAAUGUUGGAUUGGGAUGUGAAUAUUUUUGAAACUCCAAAAAAAGAAGAGAACUGCCUUUUAGCCUGAUCCUAAACAUGUUUAUUCAGAAUUAAGUCCAAUUGAGAACAGUGGGACUCACUUCCGAGCAAUUAUGUUUCAGGUCACAGUCUUAAUUGUUACAUUAACAAGAGACAUCUCUUGACAAGGCUUUCAUCACUGCUGACAUUUCAGUGUCAUCUUGCCUCCAUAAUAUAUAAGGUAUUCAUGAAAAAGACGCACAUAUUUAUUGCUUCAGGUGUAAGGGUUUUUAUAUUAAUGUUGAUGGUUAUUUUCUCUUAUGAACAGUGGGCUUCCAAUAUUUUAAUGAUGUAUAGUGCAUUUUUAUGAAAUGUGGUUUGCUUAUGUACAGUCUGUAUGUAAACCAGUACAUUUAUCCACCCUUUGCCAAGAGGGAAAAAAGCAGUAAAAUAUUUUGCUUGUACAAUG